UUGGUACGAGUCGGACCGCGACGAUGUCUGAAAGAAUCAAACUGUCAGUCGUCAGAAAAGGAAAAGGAAGAAGGUUGAGGAGGCAGAACAACAAGAACAAGAUAAUGUGAAGUAAUGCAGUGCUCACCAGGAAAUGACAAGAGGAAGAGCAAGACUGACAGGGAGGAGACAUGAAAGUGAAAGUGUUCAGAGUUCAGACUCCAUUUUGAGUGAACAGAGCAGCAGCAGGAGGAGGAGACGUCUGAGGCAGGUGCAGAAGAUGAGUGAUCGUGUGGAGGAAGAGGAGGACGGAGCAGAGUCUGCAGUCUCCAGCUGUCUGUCUCUGAAGAGUGACCGGUCCAAAGGUUUUCCUCCAGAUUUCAGUAAAGAACCUGGACCCUCAGAUUCACAAAGUCAGUACCACAGAUGGAGAGAAGAGUCUUCAGUCUCCAGCUGUCUGUCUAUGAAGAGUGACUUCAGUACUGAACCAGAACCCUCAGACACACAAGAGAAGAAGAGGAGGCAUGUUUCUGUGGAGGAGCAGCCGUCCUGCUGUUCUUGGUGUCAGGACGUCCUGAAGGAUCCAGUCUCUACCAGCUGUGGACACUGGUUCUGCAGACAGUGCAUCACCUCAUACUGGGACCAGUCUGCUUCAUCAGGAGACUCCACCUGUCCCCAGUGUGGAAAAAGAUCCAGAACAAGAGCUGGACUGCAGACAGUCAGUCAGACUAACACUGCACCAACUGAUAGUGUUCUGCAGGAGGCUUUAGAUGAACAUAAGAUCAGUCUGAGGAGGAGAUGUGAACAUGUGACUGAAGGAAGUGAUGAAACAGGAAGUGAUGAAACAGGAAGUGGAACCCUCCUCAACAGGAUCUACACUGAGCUCUACAUCACAGAGGGACAGAGUGAAGAGGUUAAUACCCAACAUGAGGUGAGACAGCUAGAGACAGCUUCCAAGAUGGAGACCCUCCAUGACACUCCAAUCAGGUGCUGCGACAUCUUUAAAGCCUCACCUGACCAACAGAGACGCAUCAGAGUGGUUCUGACCAACGGCGUCGCUGGAGUUGGAAAAACCUUCUCGGUGCAGAAGUUCACUCUGGACUGGGCAGAGGGCUCCGAAAACCAAGAUGUCAGUCUGCUGGUUCUGCUGUCGUUCAGGGAGCUGAACCUGAUCAGAGAUGAGCAGUACAGUCUUCUCAGGCUGCUCCAUGUUUUCCAUCCAACAUUACAGAAGGUGACAGCAGAGAAGCUCGCUGUCUGUAAACUUCUCUUCAUCUUUGACGGCCUGGAUGAAAGCAGACUUUCACUGGAUUUCAACAACCAUGAGGUCGUGUCUGAUGUCACACAGGAGUCAUCAGUCAGCGUGCUGCUGACAAACCUCAUCCAGGGGAAGCUGCUUCCCUCGGCUCUCGUCUGGAUCACUUCCAGACCUGCAGCAGCCAAUCAGAUCCCUCCUUCAUGUGUCGACAGGGUAACAGAAGUACGAGGCUUCACUGACGUCCAGAAGGAGGAGUACUUCAGGAGGAGGUUCAGAGAUGAAGAUCUGUCCAGCAGAAUCAUCUCACACAUCAAGACCUCCAGGAGCCUCCACAUCAUGUGUCUGAUCCCAGUCUUCUGCUGGAUCACUGCUACAGUUCUGGGCCACAUGUUGACUACAGACCAGAGAGGAGAGCUGCCCAAGACCCUGACUGACAUGUACUCACACUUCCUGCUGGUUCAGACAAAGAGGAAGAAGCAGAAGUACGAUGAGGGACGUGAGAAGAGUCCACAGGAGCUGACGGAGGCUGACAGGGAAGUUCUUCUGAAGCUGGGGAGGCUGGCGUUUGAACAUCUGGAGACAGGAAACAUCAUGUUCUACCAAGAAGACCUGGAGCGCUGUGGUCUUAAUGUCACAGAGGCCUCGGUGUACUCAGGAGUUUGUACAGAGAUCUUCAGAAGAGAGAGUGUGAUCUUCCAGAAAACAGUCUACUGCUUUGUUCAUCUGAGUGUUCAGGAGUUUCUGGCUGCAGUCUACAUGUUCCACUGUCACACCAACAGGAAGACAAAGGUCCUGGAGGCUUUUCUAAAAGACUUCAAACUCAAUGAUCCAACACCAAAAUCUAUUUUUGAAAAGAUUUCUAAGCUUUUUUAUGGCAAUGAGACACGUUAUCCAUCCCUGGAUGACUUCCUGAGGAGCGCCAUGGAGAAAUCCCUUGAAAGUAAAAAUGGCCACCUGGACCUGUUUGUUCGCUUCCUUCAUGGCCUCUCUCUGGAGUCCAACCAGAGACUCUUAGGACGUCUGCUGGGUCGGACAGACAAGAGUCCAGAAAUCAUCCAGAGAGCCAUCAACAACCUGAAGAAGAUGAACAGAGAUGAUGUCUCUCCUGACAGAAGCAUCAACAUCUUCCACUGUCUGAUGGAGAUGAACGACCACUCAGUUCAUCAGGAAAUCCAAGAGUUCCUGAAGUCAGAGAACAGAUCAGAGAAGAAACUCUCUGUGAUCCACUGCUCAGCUCUGGCCUACAUGCUGCAGAUGUCAGAGGAGGUUCUGGAUGAGUUGGACCUGCAGACGUACAAAACAUCAGAGGAGGGACGACUGAGACUGAUUCCAGCUGUGAGGAACUGCAGGAAGGCUGAACUUUCUGACUGUGGACUCUCAGAGACUCACUGUGAAGUUGUGGCCUCAGCUCUGAAGUCCAACCCGUCCCAUCUGAGAUUACUGGACCUGAGUAACAACAGCCUGAAGGAUUCAGGAGUGAAGCUACUGUCUGUUGGACUGGAGAGUCAAAACUGUGCACUAGAGAGUCUGAGAGAGAAGAAGAGGAGGCAUGUUUCUGUGGAGGAGCAGCCGUCCUGCUGUUCUUUGUGUCAGGACGUCCUGAAGGAUCCAGUCUCUACCAGCUGUGGACACUGGUUCUGCAGACAGUGCAUCACCUCAUACUGGGACCAGUCUGCUUCAUCAGGAGACUCCACCUGUCCCCAGUGUGGAGAAAGAUCCAGAACAAGAGCUGGACUGCAGACAGUCAGUCAGACUAACACUGCACCAACUGAUAGUGUUCUGCAGGAGGCUUUAGAUGAACAUAAGAUCAGUCUGAGGAGGAGAUGUGAACAUGUGACUGAAGGAAGUGAAACAGGAAGUGAUGAAACAGGAAGUGGAACCCUCCUCAACAGGAUCUACACUGAGCUCUACAUCACAGAGGGACAGAGUGAAGAGGUUAAUACCCAACAUGAGGUGAGACAGCUAGAGACAGCUUCCAAGAUGGAGACCCUCCAUGACACUCCAAUCAGGUGCUGCGACAUCUUUAAAGCCUCACCUGACCAACAGAGACGCAUCAGAGUGGUUCUGACCAACGGCGUCGCUGGAGUUGGAAAAACCUUCUCGGUGCAGAAGUUCACUCUGGACUGGGCAGAGGGCUCCGAAAACCAAGAUGUCAGUCUGCUGGUUCUGCUGUCGUUCAGGGAGCUGAACCUGAUCAGAGAUGAGCAGUACAGUCUUCUCAGGCUGCUCCAUGUUUUCCAUCCAACAUUACAGAAGGUGACAGCAGAGAAGCUCGCUGUCUGUAAACUUCUCUUCAUCUUUGACGGCCUGGAUGAAAGCAGACUUUCACUGGAUUUCAACAACCAUGAGGUCGUGUCUGAUGUCACACAGGAGUCAUCAGUCAGCGUGCUGCUGACAAACCUCAUCCAGGGGAAGCUGCUUCCCUCGGCUCUCGUCUGGAUCACUUCCCGACCUGCAGCGGCCAAUCGGAUCCCUCCUUCAUGUGUCGACAGGGUAACAGAAGUACGAGGCUUCACUGACGUCCAGAAGGAGGAGUACUUCAGGAGGAGGUUCAGUGAUGAAGAUCUGUCCAGCAGAAUCAUCUCACACAUCAAGACCUCCAGGAGCCUCCACAUCAUGUGUCUGAUCCCAGUCUUCUGCUGGAUCACUGCUACAGUUCUGGACCACAUGUUGACUACAGACCAGAGAGGAGAGCUGCCCAAGACCCUGACUGACAUGUACUCACACUUCCUGCUGGUUCAGACAAAGAGGAAGAAGCAGAAGUACGAUGAGGGACGUAAGAAGAGUCUACAGAAGCUGACGAAGGCUGACAGGGAAGUUCUUCUGAAGCUGGGGAGGCUGGCGUUUGAACAUCUGGAGACAGGAAACAUCAUGUUCUACCAAGAAGACCUGGAGCGCUGUGGUCUUAAUGUCACAGAGGCCUCGGUGUACUCAGGAGUUUGUACAGAGAUCUUCAGAAGAGAGAGUGUGAUCUUCCAGAAAACAGUCUACUGCUUUGUUCAUCUGAGUGUUCAGGAGUUUCUGGCUGCAGUCUACAUGUUCCACUGUUACACCAACAGGAACACAAAGGUCCUGGAAGCUUUUCUAAAAGAGUCAAAACCAAAGUCUGUUUUUGAGAAGAUUUUGAAGUUUUUUGGCAGAGGCACUGAUGGUCAUGAAACCAGUUACUCAUCCCUGGAUGACUUCCUGAGGAGCGCCAUGGAGAAAUCCCUUGAAAGUAAAAAUGGUCACCUGGACCUGUUUGUUCGCUUCCUUCAUGGCCUCUCUCUGGAGUCAAACCAGAGACUCUUAGGAGGUCUGCUGGGUCGGACAGACAACAGUCCAGAACUCAUCCAGAGAGCCAUCAACAACCUGAAGGAGAUGAACAGAGAUGACGUCUCUCCUGACAGAAGCAUCAACAUCUUCCACUGUCUGAUGGAGAUGAACGACCACUCAGUUCAUCAGGAGAUCCAAGAGUUCCUGAAGUCAGAGAACAGAUCAGAGAAGGAACUCUCUGAGAUCCACUGCUCAGCUCUGGCCUACAUGCUGCAGAUGUCAGAGGAGGUUCUGGAUGAGUUGGACCUGAGGAAGUACAACACAUCACAGGAGGGACAACUGAGACUGAUUCCAGCUGUGAGGAACUGCAGGAAGGCUGUACUGUAUAGCUGUGGACUCUCAGAGACUCACUGUGAAGUUUUGGCCUCAGCUCUGAAGUCCAACCCGUCCCAUCUGAGAUUACUGGACCUGAGUAACAACAGCCUGAAGGAUUCAGGAGUGAAGCUACUGUCUGUUGGACUGGAGAGUCAAAACUGUGCGCUAGAGAUUCUGAGAUUGAGUCGCUGCAGUUUGUCAGAGAUCAGCUGUGCUUCUCUGGUCUCAGCUCUGAAGUCCAACCCCUCCCAUCUGAGAGAGCUGGACCUGAGUUACAACUACAGCCUGAAGGAUUCAGAUGUGAAUCAUCUGAGUGAUUUUCUGCAGAGUCCAAACUGCAAACUGGAGACUCUGACAUUGAGUAGCUGCAGUUUGUCAGAGAUCAGCUGUGCUUCUCUGGUCUCAGCUCUGAAGUCCAACCCCUCCCAUCUGAGAGAGCUGGACCUGAGUAACAACUACAAGCUGAAGGAUUCAGAUGUGAAUCAUCUGAGUGAUUUUCUACAGAGUCCAAACUGCAGACUGGAGACUCUGAGAUUGUGGAGCUGCAGUUUGUCAGAGAUCAGCUGUGCUUCUCUGGCCUCAGCUCUGAAGUCCAACCCCUCCCAUCUGAGAGAGCUGGACCUGAGUUACAACAAGCUGCAGGAUUCAGGAGUGAAGCUGCUGUGUGAUUUUCUACAGAGUCCAAACUGCAGACUGGAGACUCUGACGUCAGUUCACUGACUCCGUUACUGCUGUAUUGUUGAAUUAACAUUAGAGUUCAUAUAUAAAAUAAAUUGGAAAAGUUAUAGAUUUUCUUUUGGUUCUUAUUUUCAAUUAUCUUAAACUAAAUUUAGUCUUCAGACUUCUGUUUCUUCAAGAAAUUGUAGAAACUGUUCAAUUAGUUUUUAAAGUGAAUUAAUGUUUGAUUUAAUCUGUUAACAGAAGAUCCUCUGAACUAACAUUUGAUUUAAAUUGAUGAAGUUGAGAAGCUAAAGUAAAAAUACUUUUAUUUCUGUUGAUGUCAGUGUCUUUUCACAAAUAAUAUCUGAUCAUCAAUAUUGAUCCUACAGAACACACAGAUCAAAGCAUAUUCAAAAUGUGUUGAAGAGAAAAUGUUGUGUUUUCUCCACUAAUAACAGACCUGACUGAGAUCAGCAGCUUGUUAUUAAUCUGUGUUGACAUGAACAGCUGUAUGAAUGUUGUGCUGACAUGUGGAUGAUGUCUGUAGAAGGCUGAUGAUGAUCCACAAUAACACAAUGACAAAGUCUCUCUACUCAUUUUAGAGAAAAGCUCAUUGAUGAGGACACAGUAAUGUUGAGGUUUAAAACCUGAACACAUCUGACUGGAUUAUAAAUUGAUUUUUAUCUCCAUCAUUUAUUCUUUAUUCAGAUUGAAGAGCUGCAGUUUGUCAGAGAUCAGCUGUGCUUCU